AGCCAGGGAAUUUGUUUUGAAAUAUAAAAACUUCGAGCCAAGAAUAACCAACACAUACCCUAUUAAAACUGCAAGAGAUCAAACAGAGGAGCGCGUGGGCAUCUCAUUAAAUUAAAGGCAGGAAAAAAAAAAGAAUUAUUCUCUAAACCACGCCCAUUUCCAACCCUCUCGUCUCAUUGGCCCCGGGUGAAGAACAGCGAAAGAGUUUGAAUAAAAAAACCCGAUCCUUGGAAUAGGUGCAACACUGUUUAUCCGAAACACAGCACAGGGGGACAACUGCUAGAGACCAAGAUCAAUGAUUUAAUACACCCAUACAGCACUGGGGAACUACAUACUUCUUGCACAGAAAUAUAAUUGGGAGAAAGGGUUGGAGAGGCGGCCGGGGUAACACCCAGCCCCGCCGGGCGCAGCAGACUCCCUCCACCCGGGACAGAGGCGAGGCGGGCGUGGAAGAGAGUUUCUCGUUGGAUUUCACAGCAGUGGGGGAAGGGAAUAUGGACGAUUUCAUGACACAGAUCAAAAACCUGGCUCAGUCCUUGUACCCGUGCUCAUCGCCGAACAUAAAGCAUGAAAUGAGGCUCCAUUCCUUGGAGAACACAUCGGUCGUCUGCAACGACGGGACACCGGCGGGGUAUUACCUGAAAGAAUCGAAAGGGAGCAAAAGGUGGCUAAUAUUCCUCGAAGGUGGUUGGUACUGCUUCAGUAAAGAGAACUGCGACACUCGAUACGACACCAUGAGGAGACUUAUGAGCUCAACCGGAUGGCCCAAAACCAAAAUAGGAACUGGAAUCCUGUCUUCGCAGCCUGAGGCGAACCCAUACUGGUGGAACGCCAAUAUUGUAUUCAUUCCCUACUGCUCCAGCGACGUUUGGAGUGGAGCUUCUACGAAAUCCGACAAAAGUGACUACGCCUUUAUGGGAUCGCUCAUCAUUAAGGAGGUGGUGAAGGAGCUGCUGACUAAGGGUCUUGAUAACGCCAAGGUUCUCCUACUGGCUGGUAGCAGCGCUGGCGGGACAGGAGUUCUGCUGAAUGUGGACCGCGUGGCUGAACAGCUGCAGGAGAUGGGACACAAAGGGAUCCAGGUUCGAGGGCUGUCCGACUCCGGCUGGUUCCUGGACAACAAGCAGUAUAGGAGGACUGAUUGUGUGGACACCAUCAGCUGCGCUCCGACUGAGGCUAUCAAAAUAGGAAUCAAGUACUGGAAUGGCGUGGUGCCUGAACGCUGCAAGCAGCAGUUCCGGGAAGGAGAGGAAUGGAACUGCUUUUUUGGCUAUAAAGUCUACCCAGCUUUGCGAAGUCCAGUGUUUGUGGUUCAGUGGCUGUUUGACGAAGCUCAGCUGACGCUCGAUAACAUCCACCUGACAGGGCAGCCAGUGCAGGAGGGGCAAUGGCUGUACAUCCAGAACCUGGGCAGGGAGCUGAGGAACACACUCAAGGAUGUACCGGCAAUGUUUGCUCCAGCCUGCUUAUCACAUGAAGCGAUCACGAGAAGUUACUGGAUGGAUAUCCAAGUGAAGGGCACCUCGUUGCCCAGGGCGCUGCACUGCUGGGACCGCAGUCUCCAUGACAACAACAAGAACAACAAGAACCCGCCCAAGGGCUGCCCGGUCCACCUGAUCGACAGCUGCCCCUGGCCGCACUGCAACCCCACCUGCCCCACGAUCCGGGACCAGUUCACCGGCCAGGAGAUGAACGUCAUCCAGUUCCUGAUGCACAUGGGAUUCGACGUGCAGAAGAUGGCCCAGCAACAGGGCAUGGAGCCCAGCAAGCUCUUGGGAAUGCUAAGCAGCGGCAGCUAAACGGAGAAACACGCAGCCCCCUACAGACAUGCAGGGCUCACUUCCAGAGACUGGGGAGGCUGGGGAGCGCACCCCCUCCCACCCUCCUUCCCCCAGAUCGCCAAUAUCAGACUCAUACCCUCUUCCACAGCAUCGAGAGAAUCAAAUCCAGUCAGAUUCAAAGAAAGGCACACUGUGUGCUUUUUUUCUCUCUGCUUUUAAAAGAUUUAAAGUGACAUCCCGUUUUAAGGAUACUCACUCAACGUUACAUGAAACAAAAUCAGCAUCUGCGACAGCAGUGGACUUGAGUCACAUCCUUCGGACCUCAGUUCUUUUUUUUAAUAAUUAAAGACUCUCACAAGCCCGGUGGGAAAAGCACUGGAUCAUCCGUCUUUCUCUCUCUCUCUCUCUCUCUCUCUCUCUCUC